AUACAUUCACACACACCCAUACACACUCAUUCUUCUGGAUAGCGGUGUACAUAUGAUCGACAGACUGCCUGGAGAGGUCCUCCACCUCAUUGCCUAUCACGUCGACGUGCUGGGGGCUGGCGAGGUGGUGGCCAUGGCGGCGACGUGCAAGGCGGUGCACACGGCCCUCCUCGGCUCGACGUACAGCACGAACAUGGCAAAGGCAUUGCUAGGUUGGGAUUCAUGCUUGGCAAGACGGUUGUGGGGCGGGGCCCGGAUGGCGCUGAGACGAGGACGGCGAUGGGAGCCGCGGGCGGUAGUACGCGCCGUGUUUGACGAUGCAGAGCCGGACGAUGACGAGUGGCGGCUGCUGGUUCGCGAAAUGGCGGUCCGCGGCGCGGCGGUACGGGUCAAUAUCUGUGGGUCUGUGGGCAAGAUUGUGUGGUGGAAUGAUAGCCGCGACUUGGGCAUCGGCGCUGUAGCCGUAGCCUAUGGUCUCGAGGACGUAGCACUCGGCUUGCUCGGCGAGGUGAGUAGGAGCGACCAGACGCAGAUGUUUGUGCUAGGCGCGCAGAUGGGUAUGGCGAAGCUUGUGGUCCAGCUGCUGGCCGACGACUCGCUCGAUGUAGCCGCCGAGGACAACUAUGCCAUCCGGUACGCGGCCAAGUCCGGUCACGCCGAGAUGGUGCGGCUGCUGCUCGCCGAUCCGCGGAUUGACCCGGCAGCCGACGCCUCGCACGCCAUUCGGUGGGCGUCCCGCAAUGGUCACACUGAAGUGGUGCGGCUGCUGCUCGCCGAUCCGCGCGUCGAUCCGGCCGCCGACAACAACUUUGCGGUGAGCUGGGCGUUUGAAAACGAGCACGCCAGUGUGUUCAAGCUGCUUCUGGCCGAUCCGCGAGUCGAACUGCCGGCCGACCACCACGAGGCGCUCCGAUGGGCGGCUGAGUUUGGGCAUGUUGACGUCGUCGAGCUCCUGCUAGCCGACCCGGCAGUCGACCCGGCGGCCAACGACUGCGACGCCCUGCGCUGGGCCGCCGCCAUGGGCCACGCGGCGGUCAUUGCUGUACUGUUGCAAGACGGGCGCGUUGACCCUUGCGUAGGCGACAACUUUCCCAUCCGAAUCACUGCCGAGAAAGGGCAUCUGGCCGCGGUCAAGCUCCUCCUUUGUGACCAGCGCGUCGAUCCAAGUGCCGACAGUAACUACGCCGUACGCAAGGCCCACGUCAACGGGCACCUCGACGUCGUCACUGUGCUUGUUGCCGAUCCGCGCGUCGAGGCGAGCGUCAUCGGCGAUUUAUCCAGCGCCGUCACCCGAGCUCCCUCGCUGGAUCCUGCCGAGUAUGAGCGCUACCUGGCUCUGCUGGCCGAGCGGUCGCGCCUGGUGAGCAAGCUUAAGGAGGCCGAGAUGGAUCCAGAGACCAAGGCUCGGGAGAAGGCGUUCUCCACCUACUUUUCUGGUGCGCAUGCUGAAGCUGCCCCCUCUGCGGCAGGAGGCGGAGGAUGCGCGAACGGCGCGGCGCGGAGCUCGCCGCCGCGGCGAGCUGAUGCACCGUCGGCGGGGACGACCGCGGGCGGGCGGCGGCGCAAGGCAUGGGGGACACCGCAGGCGCCGGUCAUUCUCGCGCCCGAAGCCGGUCAGGCCUCGCCGCGGGUCAAGGCCCGGUGGCAACGCGACUCGCUGCACAUUGCCGGGCCGGGUGGAAAGGCUAUCCAUGUCUCCAAAGCGCAGUCGGCGCGGGCACUGCUGCAAGCAGGUCCGCUCUCGACAGAAUCAGGUUCGGGCUUGGGCUCGGACUCGGAUUCGGGCGCGAGCUUGGGGUCUGGCGACUCCGAGUUGGAGGCCGUCUCGGGCACCGGUUCGUCGUCGCGCGACAUCGAGGCCAACGUAGCUGCCAAAGUUGCGGCCCUUUCUUCGUCCAAGCAGCGAAUGGUGGUUCGGCUGCUGGAUCGGCUGGCGGACCUGGACAUCGAAUCGGAGACGUCUGGCGACGGAGACGUGCGGUCGUCGCUCGACCUAUUGCAGCGGCUGCUGGCGUCGGCGCGGUCGCCGGCGCGGUCGCCGGCAGCGCGGUCGCCGGCAGUGCAGUCACCGGCUGGUGUGGCUGAGACGGUCGACCGGUCACCGCUGAUGUUGCCGGUGGGAGCCGCGUCGACAGCCGCGUCGACUCCGACCAGGACGCCGUUGAUGUCACCGGCGGCAACUGUGGACACGCCCGACUCGCUGGCAUCGCCAACAAGGGCGGCGUCGCCGAUGGCACUGCCAGCGUCGCGGCCGGUGGCGAGGCCACAGUUUGACACGCUCAUCGAGUGCACACCGUUGAGGAUACUUCUUUCGCGGGGAGACCAGACUACAGCCAUCUCACUUGGCAAUGUCCAGCUUUUUGACGCGUCGGGACAGAGUGUGACGGUGUUGGCCGAUUCGCAAGUCUCGCUCGCCGGUGUGGCCGGGCCAAGCAAGCUCGACACUUCAGCGCUCUUCGACGAAGCUGCGCCGCAGUGGCUGGUGCCACGGGCGCGCGACGCGCCGGCGGUUGUCGUCUCGAUCGCCAUUCCGUCGAUUGUGCCGUUGGCCUCGGUCGUGCUGACCAACUCGAACGAGGCCGCUUCGGCAGCCAGCUGGGUUGUCGUCAAAUGGGACGGCCGGCAGGUGUGGUCGGGCGAGCUGGCGCUCGGCGGUAGCGCCCGGGUCAACCUCUGCGGUCCGGAGAGUGCCAAGCUGUCAGAGAACGCUGCACCUGCCAACAGGCUGGAAACAGAUGGUGUGGCGGUAGAAGCGUCGGCGGCGACAGAAGCCGUGCCGGCCAAGGUUGUGGCCGCGCAAGUGUUGCCGACCGAGGUCCACAGCCUGCGGCUGAUCAUCCGGUCGACGCACGGCCACCGGACUCGGGUUGGGCUGACCAAUCUGAGUCUUGUCGACAGCGCCGGAGUGGUCAUUCCGAUCGAUCCAGAGCUCGACGUCGAGGUGGAGGGACUUGACCCGAGCGGGCCGGCAUGGCAGGCCGCCAUCACGCCGAUGUUCAACGGAGUGACAGCGACAUGCAGCCCGGACGACAUGUGGCUUGGAUGGCUGAUGUCGGGCUUUGAGCCGCACGUCGAGAUCACCAUCUCGUAUGCGUGGACCGGGCAAGCGCGCCAGCUUGUUCUCCACAACUACAACGCGUCGCUCAAGGACUCGGUCAAGUGCGUGCGCGGGCUGCAAGUCUGGCACGAUCGCGAACUGGUGUGGGAGGGCGAGGUGAGCGAGGCGAAGGGCAACGCGGUCUUUCCGUACCAGCACGUUGUGGAGCUGGAGUCGGACGUGUCGGCGUCUUAUGACGCGCCGUCGUCGCUGACGUUGUCUGCGACGGGAGGCUCUUCGCCCGAGCGUGGUGGGCGAGGCACAGAGUCAGCGUCGCCUGAGCAAGCGUCGCCGGCGCCGUCGCCGCCGGCGGUGUGGCAGGCGCCGAUGGCAUCGACUAUCACGCUCAACAUCCUGUCUACCUGGGGAGAUCCGUUCUAUGUCGGCAUGACUGGGCUGGAGAUCAUCGACGCCGAGACGCGGCAGCCGAUUCCGCUGACAGCGAGCGCACUGGAGGCGUCGCCGGCGUCACUUAACGACCUCGACGAAGUGAGCGGCGACCCGCGGACGGUGGACAAACUUGUGGACGGCGAGGUGGCGACGCGCGACGACACGCAUAUGUGGCUCAUCCUUUACCCCCGGCGCUGA